UAUAGUGUGCACAUACAUAAUCUUGUCCUUGAAUGAUUGCCUAUCAACUCCCAUCCCAAGUAGAAGUGAAGAACAACUCUUCUGUGUUAUUUUGUUAUGCAGUUGUGAUUUCAUACGCGCUCAAAGAAUUUUGAAGGAAAGACAAGAAGCAGAAACUUUUGGAGGAAUUUAUGUUCAAUACUCACAUUUACAUCUAAGAUUAUCGUAGCUGGGUAAAUAAUCAGUAGAGGCGAGGGCGAGCAGCUGAUGAGAUGAGAUUGGGCGGCAGAGCAGGCGGAGCAGCUGCCGGAAAACCCAGAACAACUAAGUUGGUGUUUGUGUGCGUAGGGCUGUUGGGGGCGGCUCUCGUGGUAGAUCUGCUGUGGGCUUCCUCUACUUCUUCCCCUUCCUCCGCCGCCUUCCGUGAUUGGGCUGUUCCGGAAUCCAGUAAUGUCAUCUUCCCAAAUCAGACCAACAACCUCCCUAACCCUAAGGAUUCAGCCAAGGAGGGUAAAAAAGAUGGCACUAAAGAGAGGAAAUUGUCUGCUACCUUUGCAGAUUUGCCAGCUCCCGAGUUAAAGUGGGAGAAGAUGGCUUUUGCACCCGUGCCUCGUCUUGAUGGUGCAGCCAUACAAAUCAAGAACCUUCUUUUUGUCUUUGCUGGAUAUGGAACCAUUGAUUCUGUUCAUUCUCAUGUUGAUAUAUACAACUUCACAGAUAACACGUGGGGAGGGAGGUUUGAUAUGCCCAAAGAAAUGGCCCAUUCACAUUUGGGUAUGGUAACAGAUGGGAGAUAUAUUUAUGUUGUCACUGGACAAUAUGGUCCCCAGUGUAGAGGCCCUACAGCACACACGUUUGUGCUGGACACCAAGACAAAGCAAUGGAAAGACAUGCCUCCUCUGCCAGUCCCGAGGUAUGCACCUGCAACAACACUUUGGAGAGGCAGGCUUCACGUCAUGGGUGGGAGUAAAGAAAACCGAUAUACUCCAGGAUUAGAGCAUUGGAGUAUUGCAGUUAAAGAUGGAAAAGUUUUAGAAACAGAGUGGAGGUCUGAGAUUCCCAUUCCUCGUGGUGGGCCCCAUAGGGCUUGUGUUGUGUUUGAUGAUCGACUUUAUGUUAUUGGUGGUCAAGAAGGUGAUUUUAUGGCCAAACCAGGAUCACCCAUUUUCAAAUGCUCCCGUCGAAAUGAGGUUGUAUAUGAUGAUGUUUACAUGCUAGAUGAUGAUAUGAAGUGGAAAGUGUUGCCUCCAAUGCCCAAGCCAGAUUCCCAUAUCGAGUUCGCCUGGACAAUAGUUAACAGAUCAAUUUUUAUUGUUGGAGGAACAACGGAUAAGCACCCAGAAACCAAAAAGAUGACACUUGUUGGAGAAGUGUUCAAGUUUCACUUUGAUACACAGAAAUGGGAGGUUGUUGGGAAACUUCCUUACCGUGUGAAAACCACUCUAGUCGGAUUCUGGGAUGGAUGGUUAUACUUUACAUCAGGACAACGAGACAGAGGGCCUGAUGAUCCCGCACCAAAAAAGGUUAUUGGAGAGAUGUGGAGAACGAAGUUGAAGUUAUGAACCUUUUCACAUAUUUCAUUGCUAAAUUUUGUGCCCCAUUGAUCAAAUAUGGCAUGUACCAACACAAUUGCCCCAGAUUUGAGAGAGAAUGGAGGGGAUGAAAGAAAUUGACAACAGCUGUAUAUUCAUUUGUAAUAUUAUUUGUGCCUACAUUAACCAUUUGAAGAAGAAAUUAAAUCAGUCCAUUUUUUGUGAGCUUUUUUGUACCAUUGAAACUGCCCCUUCUUGUA